GUACGUGGUGUUUACGGAAGUUGUCGGAGGAGCUCCUGAGUGUGCUAGACCUACCUCAAAAAAUUCGAAGUUGAUUUCCAUCAAAUGUUUCUUUUCUUGUCAAACAUUCAUUUGUCUCUUGUGAAAAGAUUUAUAUCAGUUUCUCGCCGUUCAAAAAUGCCGCUGAAGUUUGCCGCCAACCUGUCUAUGCUCUUCAAAGAGAUUCCGGACUUAGCCGAAAGAUAUUCUGCAGCCAAGAGAGCAGGUUUCCAGGCUGUUGAAGUUAGCUUUCCUUAUGACUCACCGGUGGAGAAGUUGGUUGAGGUUAAAGAGAGGGAAGGACUGGAACAGGUUUUAAUCAACUCCUUUCCAGGUGAUAUGAAAGCUGGAGAUCUUGGACUUGCAGCUGUACCUGGCAGAGAAAAGGAGUUUCAGGACUCUCUUGAAUUGUCAAUCAAAUACUGUACAUUGCUUCAUUGCAAAAGGAUGCACGUGAUGGCGGGCGUGACACCAGACUGCACAGAGGACGACAGGCCAGCCGUGCACAGAAAAAUGGAGGAAACAUUUAUAUCGAAUCUCAAAUAUGCAGCAGACAGGCUUAGCCAGGAAGGAAUCUUGACCCUCAUUGAGCCAAUCAACACAGUUGUUUCCAAACCUGGCUAUUUCCUCAGCAGGCAAGACCAAGGAGUUGAUAUCAUCAAGAAGGUUGGCCAUCCAAAUUUGAAGUUGCAAAUGGACUUGUUCCAUGUACAGAUGAUGCAAGGCAACAUCACCAAUACAAUCAAAGAGUUCCUUCCCUACAUUGGCCACGUGCAAAUAGCUCAGGCACCCCACCGGAAUGAGCCCAGCGCAGAAGGGGAGGUGAAUUAUGACUUCAUUUUUGCCUUCCUGGAGAGCCUGGGAUAUGAUGGAUGGAUUGGUGCAGAGUAUAAUGCGGCUGAUGGAAAAACCCAGAAUUCACUACAGUGGCUACAGAAGUACAGAUAAUGGAAAAUUGACAUGCUCUUGAUGCUUGCUGCACGUGACGUCACCUGUCUAGCAUGAAUUCACACGGAAACAACAACGCUAUGCAGUGUUUUCAUGGUAUUUAGUUCAGUCCAGAAAACAAAUGGGUAAGAAUGGAUUAUUGAGUGGAUCUGGACCCAAGAAUCUCAUGGAGCUGCACUGGGAAGGAAAUAAUGCUCAAACAAUUUGAGUACAUGUACUCAUCAAAAACUAGUCAAGAACCAGCAACCAGAAAUACACUUUGCAGUACAAUUUUGCCGGUCACCCCUUUUAGGUUGUGCAAGUACUUGGCAAAUCUGGGAACCCAUGUAGCUGUCACAGGUGUGCAUUGCAUGGAAUCGAUUGCUUGCUGGGGAAUUCCAAAUGUGACAGAGCCCUGCAAAAUGAUUCUUAAGGCCACAUUCUUUGGUAAUUGUGUCAAUAGUUGGCAUGAGAUGAGCCAAUUGAACUUGAUUUUUAUGCAUCACCCAUUUUAUCAUCCUGAUAAAAAAAAAGAUAUCAAUGGUGAGAAUGUUCAGAGUUUGUCACUGAAUCCUAUGAUGCAAGAUUUUCUUAAUAAUGGCCUUUGGUUUCAUUUUGUUAAGUUGGUCACAAAUAAUCUUUUCUUACUACUUUUUAUUCCAUAAUGCCAUGAAAGUAAUCACAGGAUCACAGAUAUUUUUCAUUUUUCAAUGAAAGCUGCUCUGCCACAUUUUAUUUCUUUCCCAACAACCGAUUCCCCAAUAUUCUGUUAACACUUGAAUAUUGUGUACAAACAUUCACACUUGACAAACAAGGCUAUGUUAAAUUCAUUGAGCAUGUUCUUUUGAUUUUAUAGAAAAUCAUUAAAUAAAAAGUUCAUCUCCUAACAUACAAUAUAGAGGCACUGAUAAUGUAAAAGAAACCUUUACAUUACGAACAUGAAGAUUUCGGACAUUUUGACCCACAGAGUGGUUUCAAUCAUUUUACGGUUCGUAUCAUAAAACACUAAAUUCCCUAGAAUCUUCAAAAGCCAUUAGAAGGGGGAACGGGGGCUACUUCUCCCCAAACACCCUUGAGUUUUGUUGAGGAUCAUUUGGAUCCCAUAAUUUGGUUGUGCUGUUCACAAAUCCAAGUAGAAUUUCAGCUUGGAAAAACCCUUCACAUAACACUGAUUUUUUUGGGGGGGUGGGGAGGAGAACGAGGAAUCGUGGAACUUGCAUGAAAAGUGGUGUGGGCAGAAUGAACAGCUCAAGGUAUGAGUUGAUGGUACAAUAAAUGGAACUUCUUUUUUUCAAGA